GCAACUGUCCCUUGCGCGUCUGCGACUGCCAGUGUGUGCGUAUUCCAAGACCAGUUUUCCGUACUCAAAGGUGGUAACGUCCGUGUGAGUGUGUGCGUGUGUGCGCGUGUGUGAGCGCAUAGGUAUUAUUAUCGUUAUUAUUAUUAUUAUUUACGACCCCGCGAGUGGACAAUGGGACCAAACCGGUUGCCCGCGGCCGCCGUUGUUGUGCAACCCUUUGCGCUUGACCGGUGCGCGCCGAUCGUCUUCCCAGCAAACCGGUUGCCCGUACUACAGAGGGAUGAGCACGUCGGAUGUCCCCCACACUUCCACCGUAAUAGCACACACACACACGUACCUGGUUUGACACACACACACACACACACACACGUCCGAGCGAGAGGUGGUGGGAACCGCCGAGAAACCGAGUCCCGGCGCAGUCUUCGUUUCAUGUAUCGUCCGAAUCGGUUGCCCGCAGAAAGCCACAUCCGAGAAAUCAAAAUCUUGACAAUAAAAUCAUUCCAGCAGCAAGAAAGUAGCUGAGAAUAUGAUAACAACACAAUGUAUUGGACUCCUAAAUGAUUUGAAAACCUUAAAAUAACGGAUGUGAUAAUAUUAUUACAAAUAAAAUUGUCAUUUUUUCAAGCCUCA